ACGGACGUCAGCAGCCUGUAGGCGGAAAGCGGUAGUGUGUGUGUCCGUGCGUCUGGGGAUAAAGCCCAACCGGUUGUUAUUUUUAGGGAGACCCGCUGUGCGAAGGUUUAGCGUUGCGCCUCCUGAAAUGGCGGUUCCUGGAGGUCGGGCGGACGCGCAGACGGACCGGGGCGCCCUGAGCGAGCAGAAAGUUCCCUCUGACGACGACAUUGACAUCGACGAGCAAGAGUUGGAAAACAUCACAAAGAAACACCGCGACGACGACACGACAGCGCUGCCUUUGCACUCACCUUGGACCUUCUGGCUGGACAGGUCAUUACCAGGCACAACGGCUGCAGAAUGCGAGUCCAAUCUGAAGAAGAUCUACACGGUGCAAACCGUUCAGACGUUCUGGAGUGUAUACAACAACAUCCCCCCAGUCACAGCGCUGCCUUUGAGGUGUAGCUAUCACCUAAUGCGUGGAGAACGGAGGCCACUGUGGGAAGAGGAGAGCAACGCAAAAGGAGGAGUCUGGAAGAUGAAAAUACCCAAAGAGCACACUUCUUCAGUGUGGAAAGAGUUGUUACUCGCUACUAUCGGGGAGCAGUUUGCAGAUUACUGUGCUUCAGAUGAUGAAGUUGUUGGUGUCAGUGUUAGCGUCCGUGAUCGGGAGGACGUUGUACAGGUGUGGAAUAGAGAUGCGACUCUCGCUAACGAAGCCAAUAUCUUGGGGAAGGUCUACGAGCUCCUCCCAUACAUAUCUUUUAAAGCCGUUUUUUAUAAAUCUCACAUGGAGCAUCAUGCCUUCGAGGGAGGACGCUCAAGACAUUAGAUUGUAUUGCACUUAUUAUUUUAUUUUUGAACCGGAACUCUACUUGCCUUGGCAUAAAGGCUCUUGUCCACCACCUAAUCUAGGAUAUUAUUUUGCAUUCAACAAAUGUUAUCAAUAUAUAUUUUUAUAACUUUUAAUGACCGAUGCCUUGUUUCAUUUUGACGUGGGCCCUUGAGCUCUGAACUCUUCAGAGAAUGUAUCUUCAGCGUAGAUUAAGGUAGUUUGUCUUAGUUCUGACUUCCUCCUGUACUGAAGAGCACUGUCAAAGUCCUGUACUCUGCAGGCCGUAUGGACCACAUCAUUUCUUUGUGGUAUAGAGGUAGUAGCUACAUUGCAGUGUGUUAGUUAUCUCCAUUUGUAUUAUGUAACAGAGUUAGUGCCAAAGCACCUUUAUGCCAUUUUUAGUUUUUUGUGUCUGGAGCUGUUCCACGUUUUGAGGAGGAACUGAAUGUCCCAUCUGCUCUUUGUGUGUUUUCAUCAGCCGUGUAUAAAAGUUUGACUUAAAUCAGGGUAACACUUAGAUAUUGCACAUGACUACCUAUUACUAUCACAGUGUCCCUCGCUUAUAAAGCCACCAUAGGGAAUCAACACCUUCUAGCACAGAUAUGGCCCUAAGAAACUUCUGAGGAGUCGUCCUACAGCUUUAAAGGGCAAAGUUCAUUUUAAAAUGAGUCUCUUUGAAUGAUCACAAACACAUGAAGAGCAUACAUUUCUUGUGUGCUACGUCUGGUGCGUAGACUGUCUGGUCUGUUCUUGUGCUCAGCUCUUGGUCCUUCUUACAGUACUUGUCUGUUCUUGUCUCCCUUACUAAUAAAUCAAAUUUGCUCACUGGACUGUAUCUAUAACUUUAGCACAACGGAAAAACAUGCUGAAAGGAUUCUUCCUUCUUCCCUAUUUCCUUGUAAAGGAAGCUUCCUUUACAAAUUUAGGCCAUUUUUUUAUCACCUACUUAACUUUACUAACAGUUACACUAGAAUUACACAACUUCAUUACUUUGCUUUGUUGCAGUGCAGGCUAUAAUAGACUGAAUGCUUCUGUUGUUAUUGUGGGUCACACCAUUUUUAUUGUUUAACUUUGGACUUGUUGAUAACUUAGUGAUAAGGUAGCAAUAUUUCUUUUGAGGAUUUUUGAGAGAGAAGAGAAUUUUUGCAGUGAUGUACGAAGUAAAUAAAAAUGAGAUGGAAA